UGACUUUCGCAGGUGCCUGUGAAGAAACUGCUGCAGCUCAAACCAGCAGCGAUGCAUCAACUUCUUCUGCUUCUUCGGAGCACGCCGAGAACGAGCUGUCACGAGCAAAACGAGGCAGUUACAGAAUGAUGAGACUUGGCAGAGGUUUGCACAUGCUCAGACUGGGGAAAAGGGGAGGGCCCGUCGAGCCUGAGAGCGAGGAAAACCUGGAAACCCUUUUGAACUUAUUGCAAGGUUACUACAGUGAUGUACCGGAGUAUCCAUCUGAAUUCGACGACACUGAUUUGGCCUACCCAUACGAAGAAUACGACGCCCCCGCCCACCCGAGAUACCGGAGAUCUACACCUCCUACAGACGGCGUGGUGGCACCAGACGUGCUCCAGAAGGGAAGUUCUGAAUUCGAAGACUUUGGUGAUUCCCAGUUGGACGAAAGUGAUGAAGGUUACUAUGGUUACGACCCUGAAAACUAUUUGUAUGGCGAUUUUGAAGAUUACUUGGAACCAGAAGAAGGAGGACUUGGAGAAGAGAAAAGAAGUCUGUCUAUGCUGCGAUUGGGAAAACGAGGACUGUCUAUGCUGAGACUGGGAAAGAGAGAGGGGGAAGAAGGGGAUGAAAUGGACAAGAAACAAGACGAAAGCUUGAACGACGCUUUCGAAAAUGAUGAUAUCAAGAGAACCCUCUCAAUGCUUCGUCUCGGCAAACGACCAAUGAGCAUGCUUAGAUUAGGAAAACGGCCAAUGAGCAUGCUGCGUCUUGGAAAGCGACCAAUGAGUAUGUUGCGUCUCGGAAAGCGACCAAUGAGUAUGCUCCGACUUGGAAAGCGACCAAUGAGCAUGCUUCGGCUCGGAAAACGACCAAUGAGCAUGCUGAGACUGGGAAAGCGGCCAAUGAGCAUGUUGCGCCUUGGAAAACGACCAAUGAGCAUGCUGCGUUUGGGGAAACGACCAAUGAGCAUGCUCCGUCUGGGAAAGCGGCCAAUGAGUAUGUUGCGCCUAGGCAAACGUGAUGACGAUGAAAAGGAAAAGAAAUCUUUGAACAUGUUACGGCUCGGCAAACGGUCGACACAGUAAUUUCUUAGCAAGUAAUAAAGUAUAAUACAAGAU